AUGUCAGAAAAGGUGAUUUUCUUGAUGAAUUGAUGAAUAUAACUAAUGAAGUAAAUAUUUUGAAGGAUAAACCAUCAUCUUGCUGGAUGGCACAUUCUCCAAAUAUGCUUCUUCGUGCAGGUUUAACAAAACUAAAAAGGUUUGUGAAUUUUUUUGAAAAUCAAAAUGAGAACAAAAAUGUUUACCCGUAACCUGUUCACGUUUAAACAUUUUAUUUCGAGUUUUCAGUUUGUUGCCCAAAUUUUCCUUCAAUAUGGCGAUCCAAGCAAAUUUUUCAAUUGAAUCGCAAUCUUCGAAAGAUGUCAAAGAAGUUCAAAAACGAUGCGAACGAAUUUUGGAAUUGGAAAGAGAAAUUGAAACUUUGAAGUAUAAAAAUUAUGAGUAUAAAUAA